GCAGCGAGCCAUCGACACGAUCGCGAGCGCAAGCACGUACGUUGUCGGAAGCUCAAGUUAGAAGAAGCACCAGUGCCUGAUCGAUGGCGGCCCAGGCUCUCCUCUCCGGCCGGCAGCUGCUGGGCCGCCCCGUGCAGUCGGCCGUCUCUAGGUCGUCGGCGAGGAAGGCGCCCUUCGUCGUCAGGGCCAGCUCCAGCCCUCCAGCCAAGCAAGGUGCCGACAGGCAGCUGUGGUUCGCGUCCAAGCAGUCCCUCUCCUACCUCGAUGGCACGCUGCCCGGCGACUAUGGCUUCGACCCGCUGGGCCUCUCGGACCCGGAGGGCACCGGGGGCUUCAUCGAGCCCAAGUGGCUGGCCUAUGGCGAGGUGAUCAACGGCCGCUACGCCAUGCUGGGCGCGGUGGGCGCCAUCGCCCCGGAGAUCUUCGGCAAGAUGGGCAUCAUCCCCCCGGAGACCGCGCUGCCGUGGUUCAAGACGGGCGUCAUCCCGCCCGCGGGCACCUACAACUACUGGGCCGACUCCUACACGCUCUUCGUCUUCAACAUGGCGCUCAUGGGCUUCGCCGAGCACCGCCGCCUCCAGGACUGGUACAACCCGGGCUCCAUGGGCAAGCAGUACUUCCUCGGCCUCGAGAAGUUCCUCGCCGGCUCCGGCGACCCGUCCUACCCCGGCGGGCCCCUCUUCAACCCGCUCGGCUUCGGCAAGACCGAGAAGGAGAUGAAUGAGCUCAAGCUCAAGGAGAUCAAGAACGGCAGGCUCGCCAUGCUCGCCAUCCUCGGUUACUUCAUCCAGGGGCUCGUCACCGGCGUCGGCCCGUUCCAGAACCUGCUCGACCACCUCGCCGACCCCGUCAACAACAACGUGCUCACCAGCCUCAAGUUCCACUAGAACGUGGUGCAUCAGCAUACCUGCUGCUGCCGCCGCCGCCGCCAGUUGUUUGCUGUGGAAAGCUAGAUGCAUGCGUGUUGUAAAGGAACCUGAAGCGUUGCAUCGGUCAUGAUUCAUGCAUGGCCAGCCUGCUGCCUGUAACAACAAACUAGUAUUGAUCUUAUUGAGACCGGAAACUGUAUUGCACAUGGU